GAAUUAAGCUCCCCUCAUGUUCGCUCUCUUAUUAUUGAACUCUUCACAUCCUUAGGCGGAUAAAAGAAGCGGAGAUCUCACUGAUGGCUUUGAAAAGGAUUCAGAAGGAGCUACAGGACUUGCAACGGGAUCCACCCUCACAAUGCUCAGCCGGACCACUCGGAGAGGACUUGUUUCACUGGCAGGCGACAAUAAUGGGCCCAGGUGAUAGUCCAUAUCAAGGAGGGGUUUUCUUUCUCACAAUCCAUUUCCCCACUGAUUAUCCCUUUAAACCACCAAAGCUUGCCUUCACAACAAAAAUUUACCACCCAAAUAUCAACAGUAAUGGAAGCAUCUGUUUGGACAUUCUGCGCUCCCAGUGGUCACCUGCCCUCACGGUAUCCAAAGUUUUAUUAUCCAUAUGCUCACUACUUUGUGACCCAAAUCCAGAUGACCCUUUAGUUCCAGAUAUUGCACACAUCUACAAAUCUGACAAAGAUAAGUAUAACAGACUGGCAAGGGAAUGGACUCAGAAGUAUGCAAUGUAACUGGACGGCAAGAUUUUGAAAAGAUUGCACAUGGACAUUAUUACUGCACGGCUCUACAACGUUUACCAACAGAUGAACCUCCCCCACCACACACACACACACACACACAUAUGCAUACAUACAUACACACACACACGCACAACUAUACGGAAAAUCCUUGUUCAGGAGGCCGAGUCACUUGUCUCUGUUCACAAAGGCAUCCUGGAACAACCAGGAUGUGUCAGUUAACACAUAAUAAAAAAAAUAUUGUUUUAUUUUCAAAUGGAUUAGCUACAUUUUAGUAAUUUUAUUGUAUAGAAAUAAAUACAAUACUGGAUCAUUUUUAUUGUUUUUGCAUUAAAAGGUGUUAUUCUAAAA